AUGACAAGCGAUAGCGUCAAGAUGUGGACGAACAUGACGGAAGCGGAGGUGCAAGAGAUGUACGUGUUUGCGAUCGAGCUUGCUCGUAAGGCGGGGCGGGCGAUUGUGGAGGGGUCGUCUCGUCGGUUUGCAUCGUCGGCUGGAUAUGAUCAGAAGAAGAACACGGCGGAUCUGGUGACGGAGACGGACGAGGCGGUGGAAGCGUUGGUGAAGCGCGAGAUAGCGGGCAGGUAUGGUACGCAUGCAUUUAUCGGUGAGGAGUCGUGGGCGGCAGGCGAGGAGAAUGCGAUUGGCGAUCAGGUGACGUGGAUCGUGGAUCCGAUUGAUGGUACGACGAAUUUCGUCCAUGGAUUCGCGUUUACGUGCAUCUCGAUCGGGGUGGUGGUCGACAGGAAACCGACGAUCGGUGUGGUGUAUGCUCCAUUCAUGGAUACGCUCUACCAUGGAUGUGUGGGCAAGGGAUCAUUCGUCUCGUCUGCGCACUAUCCGACUCCACAGCGUUUGCCGCUCGCCUCGCCGCAGCCGCUCACCAGUCUCAACCAGGCGCUUGUCGCAUUUGAAUGGGGCAGCGAUCGACGCUCCGAGAUUCUCGCCAGGAAGUUGUCGUCGUUUGCCAAAAUCACCGGUGACGCUCAGGCCGGCGUUGUCGGCGGCAAAUUCGCACAGGGCGUAAGAUCGAUUGGCUCGGCCGCACUCAACUUCUGCAACGUCGCCAGCGGAAGCCUGGAUCUCUACUGGGAAAUUGGGUGUUGGGCUUGGGACGUCUGCGCCGGCAUCGUCAUCGCCCAGGAGGCCGGUGCCGCCGUCGUCGGCAGUCACGCCCACACCAUGUCUGUCAUCGAAACCGACGCCUUCAACCAAGUCACCCCCGACGUCCUCACCGGUAGAAAGUACGUCGUCGUUCGUGCCAUCGCCACUGACCAACAGAGCAACAUUCAAGCGCAGAAACACAUCCUCACAGAGUUCUACAGCUGUAUCGACGAAUGGGAUCCAUAA